GAUUAAAUAGUUUUCUUUUCAACAGGAAAUCGUGUUAAAACACACUGCACGGAGUUCAGGAGCACUUCCUGUUUGCCCUGUGUGAAUGACACCUUCAUGAAUCUUCCCACUGGACUUAAACAGUGUUUACCCUGCACGACCUGUGGUCCAGAUUCUGGUCUGAAGAUCUACACUUCAUGCACAGCAACAACGGAUUCACUUUGUGAACCUCUGGAAGGAUUCUACUGUAUAGACCCCAUACAGAACCACUGUGCAGCAGCACAGAAACACAAACAAUGUCAACCAGGGCAGUACAUCAAACACAGAGGAACAGCCCAAACAGACUCUCAAUGCUCUGACUGCAGCGUUGGAACAUUUUCUAACGGGACGCGUACGUCUUGUCAACCACACACACAAUGUGAAUCACUAAACCUUCAGCUGAUGCAACCAGGAACAGCUUCAACUGACGCUGAAUGUGGAAAUUCCAGUUUAAAAAAGGCAUCCGUUGCAAUCAUCAUUUCAGUGUUUUUUGUUGGUGUUUUGAUUGCAUUAGUCGCCUUGUGUUUCUGGAAGUGGAAAGGAUAUCUUUCAGAGCAACAGAUAAUCAUAAAGCUUGAUGAAGAAUUCAAACUCUUAUUCAUCAAGAAAGGAAACAUGUCCCACUCAACAAGGCGAAGGAGACGUCAUGGCAGAAAAUUACAAAGUACAAGUACCUGCCAAAUAAAUCUGUGAAAGGAUCAUGACUCCCAGGAGAACCCCUACAUAAGCAUAGUGGUGAGUAGACUGUGUGACUUUUUGUUCGUGGGUGAAUUAUCCCUUUAAGGUAUAAAUAUUGGACACUAUCUCUUACUCGAAUAAUAUAAUAAUGAAUUUAUCAAAAAAAUGAUUUGUGUCAGUUAUAUUUAUUUAAUCAUCUUCUCUUAAAUACAAACAAUUACAAAAAACAAAGUAUGCACUGCAAGGCAUUAUUGCAGUGCACAACAAAAAAAUUGCCCAGUCUGAACUGCUAAUCUGCCUUUUACAGUCCCAUAGAAAAUCUCUCCAAAAUAAAACAAGUGCAAGAGCUUGUUCCAUUCAAGUAAAAGGAAUAUAUCAAUCUACAUUAAGCUGUCGAACAACAAAAUAAAUGAAAACCAAAGUAAAAUUCAUGUAACUUUCUGGAGGAACAUCAAAACACUGUAAAUUCAAGUUUAGCAGUCUAUCAAAAAAUCAUCUUAGGGUCAAAUUUGUGCAAUUUGAGUCACCCUGAAACUUUGAACUGAAGUUAUACUGAACUUUUUAACAGGAAUAAUUCAUCUCUCAGUAACAAAACACACCCAAGCACAUAAAGAUGUAGUUUGAGUUUCCCCUUUUCUAAUUUUUCGUUAACUACAUUUCACAUAUGAACAAUCUCAACAGAUAUUAACAACUAAACAGCUUUAACUUUUCUCUUUUCUCUUUGUUCCCACUCUUGUUCAGUGACAGAAGUAAACUCUUCCUUGUCCUGCCAGGAAAUAAGACUACCGUAAAGACGAACAAAGCAGCGCAGGUUAAAAUACAAACGCUCCGUCAGAAUCUAAUAAUAAUAACAGGUUCGGUAUAGAACAGAGUCUGGGUCUGGUCCGCCUGUGGGCGAUUUGUUUCGCUUCACUCUUCGGGUGAAUUGAUGCUUUGAAGAGGCGCAGCCAUCUUCCUUGUGACACGUCGACUUACAUUACGCAAAUCGUAGUAUUUACGUAACCGAUGACCGAUAAACAACAAGAAGAAGAAGAGGAAGAAGCUGAAAAGAGUUUCCCAGAUUCAGACUUUUCAGAUCAAUAGUAAGAUCAAAACACAAGUGAAGCCUCCUUCCAAUCAGAGUAAUGUACAAAACCAGCUACAGUUUCAUUUUCAUCGAAACAAGCAGUAAUCCAAGUUGGCAGGGAGCGUCAACAAAGUGCAACGCCGAAAACAUAUUCUGCAAAAAUGUUCAACAUUAUUCAAUAUUUUGAGGCACCAAAAUUAAUACACAGACAAAUGGCAUUUUCCUGUUAAGACCACAACCUUAAUAUUAGAGAAAAUAUAUUCAGGCUUAAUUUUGAGGAUUUUUAUUAUUAAUAAUAAUUAAUACCUUCACCCUUGUACAGUGUUACCUGCUACCUGUUUCUAGUUUGUUGUUAGUUUCAGUUUGGAUUUAAAUUAAAUAUGUUCAGUCUUUGUCGAGUUGUCUGCUUGGUCUGUGUCUCUGCCUGCUUGUAUUUGUAUAUCCUGCCCCUUAUUUAUUUAUUUGUUUUUUAAUAAAUUCUGUUUCGUUGGA